AUGGAUGAGAUAUUGUCAAAAGCUGGUUCGCAGGUUGUUUCCUUUGCUAUACGGUCUAGCAUCACUUUAGCAUCCAGUUAUGUAUUGAAAAAAGUAAGCAACUUUGUGCAAGAGUUACCAACUGAGAAUCGUGAAGAUGAAGUGAAGGUUAAAAAAAUAAAUAGGCUAAAGAGACAGUUAGAGAAUAAAAUUAUUAUAGUUUCUAAUGCUAUUGAUUUGAUUAAGAUUGUCGCUUUCAAUGGGAACAAUAAUUUAAAUGGCAUCAUCCAAUUAACUCAAGAUAUCAAACUUGAGAUAGACUCAAUAGAUGACAAGUUAAAUGACUUGCAAGAGAAGAAUAGUGCUAGAAAUGAAUAUGAUAAGAAUAAAUCUGUGUUGGAUAAAGUUAUCGAAUAUAUUGAGGAUGUGAUCGAAAGAUUAGACGAGAUAACUCCAUUCAUCAAUUUAUCGCUUAACACAUCAGGGAUCAAUUUGAAUAGUGCCAUACCUAAUAAUAUUUCACCAAAUUUACUGUUGAAUGCAAGUAAUUUAAUUAGUAUUAAUAACGAAGAGUAUCGUAAAGAUGAUAAAGAUGCCAAAAAAUGUUCCCUUAAGAAGAUAUUUGAAUUUACAAUUUAUACAGUAUUUUAUAAAAUUCAAUUAAAGAAAGUAGUUUGGAAAGAGGAUUAUAACAAGAGCCAGGCUGAAAUUAUACGAUAUUCAGAAAAGGAUGAUGAAGAAAACACUUAUAAAUAUAAUAUUGUAUUUAAGGAAAGUUUUGAUGAUGAUAGAUAUCACGAUGAAGAAGAAGAAGAACGUGAAAUUACAAUUAAUUUGAAUAAUGUUAUAAAAAUAUUUUAUAGUUACUCUGGUAACCUACUUAAUUUAGAGAGUGAUUUUGAUGAACCUGUGUUGAUUCUCAAAGUCGAUAAUAAUGGAAUGAAGAAGACUAGCACUCAGGAUAUUGUUUAUUAUGGACUCGGUAAUUUCAACAAGGCAGAUAAUAGCAUCAAAUUAUUUGAAAUUGUAACUAGAUUAUUGUCAUUACAAGUCAAUGAAGGAAAGGAUAUAUUUGAUAUAACAGACGAAAAAUUAGCAUUAUAUUUAAAUGAUGAGAAUAAAAUGAUGAAUAAUGAUAAUUCGGUAGAUGAAGAUGAGACAUUAGGGAAAUUGAGAGAAGUUUCGAUAUGA